AUGCAAUAUAAUAGACGGCGCGAGGAAGAGCACGCUGCGCCGCACCGAUUCGAAUCGGGACCCGACCCGUUUCGGAGAAACAGGAGAGACGGGUCGGAUCCGGUGCAGCAGAGGAAGAUGAGUCCACUGAAGGCACUGAAGGUGGAUGGGGUGAGAAGGGGUGGUGGUGGUGGGAACAAAAGGGGUUCUGAUGGAUUUGAAGGGAGGGAUUAUGAUUGGCAGCGUGUGGGUAGUGGUAGAAGGACUGGUAGGGUUCGGUCAAGGUCACCUCCUGUUGAAACAGUGAGGAAAAGGUCACACUUUAAUGAUGGUGUUGGUCAUGAUAGAAGUUGUUCACCACCACUACCAGGCUUGAGAACAAGAUACGAGUUGUCAAAAACCAUGGAUUUCUCUGUCGAUGAUGGAAACUUGGACGCAAAGCGUAUUUACCUUGAUAGAGAAAAGGACAUGAUUGAGGCCAGGUUGGGUGGUAUGGUAGAUCAUAAGUUUGUGGUACGUGAAAAUGAAGUUGGAGGAUCCUAUAAAUAUAGGUCUAUUCAAGAUAUGGGUGUAAGUGUGACAAUGAGGUACGAAGAAGCCAGUGGGCACUUGCCUCCACCGACAAGGGGUGUGCCAAGUGGGAGAUUUGAGCACGAGAGACUACAGCACAGAGACGGACCACCCGUUACUGAAUCCCAUAGUGGGGCGGAUAAAACUAUUCUUCAUGCUAGGGAUGUUUCAUAUUCUGCUGUAUCUCCCUCUUAUGCCAAGGAUUUUGCAGGCAAUUCUCACAUGAGGGAUUAUGGAGGUUCUUCCAUAGAAAGGUCAAGGAGUGAUUUUCUAUGCUCACAUGGUGAUGGCAUCUGUUUACCUCCAUCUUAUGAUCCAUCAAGGAGCAGUGGGAAACUUGCGGAAGCUGCAGGGUUUAGUGGGCAUGGGCAAAGGACUGUUAUAGACACUGCUGGAGGUCUUGAAAUUGGACCAAGGAAUAUGGCAUAUCACCAACGAUCUGAGUUUAGUCCUACCAGGACUGAGCAUGUGGAUUAUCUUAAUUACAAAUUACAGGUAAGAGCGGCACAGGAUGAGCGUUUAUAUCAAUAUGAUGAUUUACCUAGAAGGAUAGCUCCUCAUGGUCGAUUGGACUAUGAGCAAGCUGUAACAGAAUAUGAUAAUAGGGAGUUUUCCAGACCUUAUGUUCCACAUCCAGAUUUAGAUAGAAAUGUUAAGAGUGAAGCUUCUCAUGGCAAUCAAAGAAGGACUAUUAUACAGGAUCAUGCUGCAAUACAGAAGCCAAAGUAUUAUGACUAUCAUGAUGUGAGAAGAACAUCAAUUACAUCAAUGCAAGAUGAGGCUUUUUUGCGAACUAGAUAUCAUCUUGAAAAUGGGAAAAGAAUGCCACAAGAUUAUGAAGUUUCACAUAUGCGUGCACCUGAGGCUGACCGGUUACCAAUUUUAAGAUCAGAAUAUGAACCUCUAAGAGAUGGUGGUCCAGGGCUCCAGCAAGAAAGGUUUCAAAAUUCACCUAUGUCUAAACAUAAUUCAGAAACCUACAGACAAGCUGUCAGGGUGCAUGAAAUGAGACAUGAUAUUGGCAUUCAUGAGCAUACAGAUAGACAUACGAAAAGAAAAUACAAUGUCAAUGAUGAAAUAGAUGUGCAUGAUAUGAGAAAAAUAAAAUCAAGUAAAUGGGGUGCAACUGAAGAGUUUCAAGAUGCAUACGAAAGUGAAGAGUGGGUAGAUGAAGAAGAUAUUGAUAGGUUGUAUUCAUCUGGUAAUGGUGAAUUUAACCCUAAGAUAUACAGAAAGUAUAAGAAAGAAUAUGAUGAGUUGGAGAAUGAAGAAGAUUUUCCAUCUGACAAAUGGAUUAUACCGGAAGAUUCUAUGGGACAUGUACCGAGGCAUUCAUUUCAAAUUCGAAAGUAUUCCAAUCAAAAUAUAAAGCAUCACUCAAAGUCUAGUUCUUCUAACUGGUAUAAAUCUCAGCAUUUUUCUAAGAGAAAUGCAAUUCAAAAGCAACCUAAAGUUUGGAAAAAGUAUCAUGGAUAUGAUGAGAAUAAGCAUGCAGCUAAUGAUGAAUCAUCUGAAGAUUGGAUAAGUGCUGCAGAAUCUGAGCCAACUGAGGGAUGUGAGGAGUUUAAUCAAAUGGUACAUGAGAAUUUCUUAAUGUACUCCAAGAAGUUGAAUCUGAACUUAUAUGUGCAAAGAAGAUACCAGGACCAGGGAAAAGCGGGUAGUUUGUACUGCAUUGCUUGUGGCAGAAGCUCGUCGAAAGAAUUCAUGGACACUCAACGCCUAGUAACUCAUGCCUUUAUGUCCCAUAAGGCUGGGUUGAGAGCUAAGCACUUGGGUCUUCACAAAGCAAUUUGUGUUCUGAUGGGAUGGGAUACUGUUGUUCCUCAGGAUACAGUAACUUGGGUUCCUCAGGUCUUGCCCCCAGCAGAAGCUCUGGCUCAAAGGGAGGAUUUGAUUCUUUGGCCUCCCAUUGUUGUCAUCCAUAACAUAUCUAUGUCUGAUGACAAUCCACAUAACUGGAAGGUUGUAAGCAUGGAGACAAUUGAGGCAUUUCUAAGAGGCAAAGGUUUUGUGAGAGGAAGAAUCAAACUAUGCUUAGGGAAGCCUGCUGACCAGAGUAUUGUAUUGGUGAAAUUCCUGGGCACGUUUGGCGGGCUGGGAGAUGCAGAGAGGCUUCAUAAAUAUCUUUCUGAUAAUAAUCGCAGUAGAGCUGAAUAUGAGAGAGUAAAAUCUGAAGGUAUUAAAAGCUGUAAUAUGGGAGAGACAGACGAGAGAGACAAAGUGGAGAGUAUUCUUUAUGGUUAUGUGGGAAUUGCAGAGGACUUAGACAAACUGGAUUUCAAUACUAAGAAAUGGAGUAUGGUAAAGAGUAGGAAGGAGAUUGACGAUCUGGAUAAAGCGCCUGUUAAAACUGACGACAGAAGAUAG